UGUUGACACAGAUCACGAAUUUGAUUAAGGGACACAGGGAUAAUACACACAAAUUGAUUCGCAUAGGACGAUGAUCCACAUAUGUUUAUAUCCUCAGUAAUGCUGUCUCUCCUACCACCCAACAUCUGUCGAACUUCAAAGCUACGUUUAGUAUACCCAGGAUGCAUUGGCCACCACAAAAAUGUGGAUAAAUCCAAUUCCUUUGAGUAUGUUGAGGGGUACACCGUUCUUGCGUUGACAGCCCACACAGGGAGAGACGAGGUGAAGGUUAGCGGUUGGAGUGCUUCGAUACAAGCAAUUUACCUGGAUUAGUAGAGUAUCGUACAAAACCGUGCAGAGGAUUGUCCAGAAAUGAAGUGCAUUUUUGGAAGAUAAGGAAGUGUCCCAAGAUUACCUGGAUGCUUCAGGGCUUUGAUGGGUAUUUUGUGACAAAUCGCAUCUUUAUAAUGGAUGAUUAGAAAUAUUGUACGCUGUCGCAUUCAGAAACAGAAGCAAAUAAAAGGC